CCCCGGUCACGUGGGCGGGUGACUCGCGGUCACGUGGGCGGCGGGCCGGGCCGGUGCCGCGCUCGCCAUGGGCUGCUGCUACAGCAGCGAGGCCGAGGCCUCCGACCAGGAAGAAGAGACAAAGCGGCUGCUGGAGCCAGCAGCCAGCCCUCCCAGCAAGGUGCUGAAUGGAGCAGAGCAGAGCUACCACAACCUGCCCUCGGCACGUACCGAUGAGCAGGCCAUGUUGUCCUCCAUCCUUGCCAAAACGGCCAUCAACAUCAUCGACGUGUCGGCAGCAGAUUCCCAGGGCAUGGAGCAGCACGAGUACAUGGACAGAGCUAGGCAGUACAGCACACGCCUGGCCAUGCUCAGCAACAACCUGACACACUGGAAGAAGCUCCCGCUGCUGCCGUCUCUGACGAACCAACCGCACCAAGUGCUCGCCAGCGACCCUGUCCCCUUCGCAGACCUGCAGCAGGUGUCCCGGAUAGCUGCCUAUGCCUUCAGCGCACUCUCACAGAUCCGCGUCGACGCCAAAGAAGAACUGGUUGUACAGUUUGGCAUCCCCUGAGCCUGCCUCCAGCACUGCCGCUUCACCGCUUUGGGUUGUUCUGGGGUUUUUUUCCCAUUUUUUUCUCUUUAUUUCCCUUCCCUCCUCAUGGUGCUGCCACAGAACUUGGACAGAUACCCUGUUUCCUACCAAAUGCCAAGACACCCAUCACCGGCACGUUGAGCCCACCUGAAGUUGCUCGAGGCUUUCUCCUCGUCAUGGGUGGGUGUGUGUGGGGAGGGGGCUGUGUCACCUGGACGCUGACUUGCACAGGGAUGAGCACAAAGGGAACAACUGGCAUAAGGAGGCCCCAGUGCAGGUCAGCACCGUGUGCCACGUCACCAGGACAGGUGGGCUGGAAUCAGGUGGAUGUCACGCUCUGCACCGGGCCUGGUGGCUCUGACACCCUCCCUGCUCAUUUUUACAUGUUUAGACCUUUAUUUUGGGUGGUUUUGUUUGUUGGGUGGUUGUUUUGGGUUUUUUUUUUGGGUUUUUUUUGGUUGGUUGGUUGGUUUUUUUCGUUUUGUUUUUUUUUUUUAAUUAUUGUUUUUCGCCACAGUAGAUAAAACCGUAUUCAUCCAA